CCUGUGAGAGAGAGAGAGAGCCCGAGCCCGAGCCCGAGCCCGAGGUGAGGGAUCCGCGGGGCCGGUGAAACCCGAGCAAGAGGGCCUGAGGGGGGGGAGAGAGAGAGAGAGAGAGCGAGAGCGAGAGCGAGCCGGGGCCUGUGAUCCUGUCGCCCGAGGUCCCGCUUUGAUGCCGCCUUUGCUGGACCGAGUUUCCAGCAGCCGCUGCAGAUUGUGAAAAUGCCAAACUCUGCAAAGCCAGAACCUUUUCUUGUAAAAUUUAUAAAAACAAAAGAGAAAGAUUCGGAAUAUUUCACAAAAGCUUAUAAGCUUUUUUCUGAUUUUCAGGCUAUUAAAGAAUUUAAAUCGGAGGAAUUUCUGCAGAUGGUACAUGAAGAUGAAGUGUUCAGUUUAAAAGUAAAAGACAGCUCACUUUAUAUAUGUGACCCCUUUGAGGGGGAGGCUUACAAUCAUCUGGAAAAGCUUGGCUGUAGGAUUGUUGGCCCACAAGUGGUUGUAUAUUGUCUUCAGCAACAACAGAGUGUACCUGAAGCUGUACGUCCUGUCUACAGUAUGAUCAUGGCUGAUGUGGUGAUUUCAUGCACCAGCUUGGAGAAGAAAACCAGGGAUGAAGUACAUAAACAAGUACAGCUGAUGGGUGGUAGGAUCCUUCGAGACUUCAACAUUUCAGUAACUCAUCUGAUAGCUGGAGAGGUUGGAAGCAAGAAGUAUUUAGUGGCUGCCAGUCUGAAAAAAAUUAUUUUACUUCCAUCCUGGGUUAAGGCAUGCUGGGAGAAAGCUCAAAAGAGCAUGAUUAACCUUACAGAUGUGAAUAUGGAGGAGCACCUCUGUCCUCCAUUCCUUGGCUGCACAAUCUGUGUGACUGGGCUAAGUAGCCAAGACAGACAGGAAGUGCAGCGACUUACCUUGGAGAAUGGGGGCCGGUAUACAGGGCAGCUGAAGAUGAAUGAUUGCACGCAUCUUAUUGUGCAAGAAGCUAAAGGACAGAAGUAUGAAUGUGCAAAAAAGUGGAAUGUAUAUUGUGUGUCUAUCCAAUGGUUCUUUGACUCUAUCAAGCAUGGUGCUUGUCAAGAUGAAAGCAAUUACAAAGUUGAAUCUGGAACCAAAUCUACAGAGGUGGCUCCAAGCACUUCAACUCCUACAAACAUUGGGAAUGCACUGAGCUCCCGACCUCUAUCAGAUGUAAGUCAUAUUUCCAAUAUUAGCACGAGCUGCAUAAAUGAAUCUGUGUUCUCUUCUGCCAUAAUUGCGAAUCCUGAUGACCAUCUUGAAGGACUAGAUCUCAGUCUUUCUGAAGUUCCUGAGGAUUUGCUAGAUGGAUGUAAAAUCUGUUUGUCUGGAUUUAGUGGCAAGAAGUUGGAUAAAUUAAGACGGAUGAUUAACUUUGGAGGUGGUGUUCGAUUUAAUCAAGUCUGUGAGGAUGUUACUCAUGUAAUCAUGGGAGAAGAGGAUAAGGAUCUAAAACAAUGUUUAAACAAAAUAUCAAACAGGCCAUAUGUGGUUACAACAAAAUGGUUAGUAGACUGCUUUUCCAAGAAGUGCCUUCUUCCUGCGGAGCAGUAUUUCCAUCCAAGUUAUCAACCUGAUGUUACAAUACCAGAAUGUUCCAGCAACCAGGCUCAUUUGACUUUAAAUGGCAGUAAAACAUUAAGAACAGCCACAGUCAGUCCAGGCAGACAACAGCAAGCAGAUGAUGAUCUCCUAUUACAGUACCUCGAGAGCGACAAAACUGUAGUUAGACCUGAAAAUCAUGAAAAAACAGAAAGCAACUUCAAUGACACUCUCCACAAAACCAUGCUGGAAAAAAGUCAGUCAGCAAACGCCUCCAUGUACCAAACAGAAUCAUGUGCUGAGGAGGGAAUGUUUUGGAAAAAGCGGUUUCUAAUAUUUGGCUUUACUAAUGAAGAUGAAACCUAUAUGGCUGAAUUAAUUCAGGACAAUGGUGGGAAAGUGCUUCGACCCCACAGUCGGGCUGUUGCAGACUAUGCUGUUGUGCCUCUAUUGGGUACCUAUGUGGAUGCAACUGUAGCAGAAGUGGUUACGAACACGUGGCUGGCGAUGUGCAUUGAUCAGGAGUGUGUACUGGCUUCACAGUCCAAUGUCUUAUUUACUCCUAUAUCCAUUGUGGAAGGAAGCACACCACUGACUGACUGUGUAUUGUCUGUUAGCCAGUUUACUGGGGUCGAAAGAGAUGCACUACAUAACAUAGCAGAACUACUUGGAGCAAGAGUGCAGGAGUUUUUCGUUCGGAAAGCAAAUUUGAAGAAAGGCAUGCUUGCCAGCACCCAUUUGGUCCUCAAGGAACCACAAGGCUCCAAGUACGAAGCUGCAAAAAAAUGGAAUUUACCAGCUGUGACUGUCGCUUGGUUAUUUGAGACUGCUCGAUCAGGGAAAAGGGCUGAUGAAAACAAAUUCUUCAUAGAAAAUGCUAUCAUUGAUGUUGCUGAAGUGAAUCAGAGUGCCAAGGUCACAGAUCCUCACAAAGUGCCGGAACAGACGUCUGAGUAUCCCUCAUCCAGACUAAGAAACAUGCAGAAUAGUGCUGUGACUCCACUAGACAUCAAGCGGUUCCAGAGUAAAGCCUUCCAGUUGGUCUUAUCUCAGCAACAUAAAACUGACACAACAGGAACAGGGGCAGGAGUAGGAGUACCCAUUCAACAGAAAGAAGCCAAAUUGCUACUUGAUACACCUUCAAAAUUCUUGUGCAAGGACAAGCUCUUCAAGCCAUCAUUUGAUGUUCAGGAUGCAUUGGCAGUUCUGGAAACUCCAAAGAAUCCAGAUCAACGUAGCAGAAAGCUGAGUACCCCAUUAUCAGAAGUCAUUGGCCGAAAUCUAAAAGUAGCUCUAGCUAAUAGUACACGGAAUAUGGCGGUGCCAUCAACAGCCAGUCCACAGCUCCAUGUGCCUAAACCAGCAACGGUCGAAACUAAAGUCCUGGCAGAUGUAGUAAUUUGUGUGAGUAAAAAACUUGGCAAGAAGCAGGGGGAUUUGAAUGCAAUUGCAGCCUCCCUUGGAGCAGAUUACAGGUGGAGUUAUGAUGAAACGGUAACCCAUUUCAUCUAUCAGGGUCGGCAAAAUGACAGCAAUCGGGAAUACAAGUCUGUCAAAGAAAAAGGCAUUCACAUUGUCUCUGAAUACUGGCUAUUUGCAUGUGCUGAUGAACAAAAAAAGGUGCCUGAAUCCCUCUACCCUCACACGUAUAAUCCAAAUAUGAGCCUGGAUAUCAGUGCGGUUCAAGAUACCAGAGUGUCCACUCGCAUGUGCCCUUCCGAAGCAAGACACAGAGAUGAUCAGACUUAUGCUGUGGCUGAAGAACUGGAGAGUGAAAAUGAUGAACAGCUGAAAGGUGAAAAAACUCUCCAGGAGGAACAAAAUGAAGGCUGUGCAGAUUUGACAGAAACUUCUGAAAUGAGAGAGAAUUUUCAGCGUCAGUUACAGGAAAUAAUGUCUGCUACAAGAUUGGAGAGGUCAGCAGGGCACCGUGGAGGCAUUUCAAGAGGAGCGCUGGAAUACUCCCCGUCAUCAGCUGAUGGCACUGUUCGUUCAGGACGUAGCAGAGCACUGGAAUCCCUCAGGCGCUCACAUUCAACGACUACGGACAUCAAUACAGAGCCAUCACAGAAUGAGCAGAUUAUUUGGGAUGAUCCAACAGCAAGGGAAGAGCGAGCCAAGUUGGCCAACAACCUGCAGUGGCCAGGCAGCCCCUCUCAGUACUCUGAACAGUUUCAGAAAAAUACAGAGCAAGUGGAGGAAAGAAAUGCAAAACACAAAGACUCUUUAACUGAUUCAGAAAUCGCUGCAAUAGAAAUUCCACAUUGUCUUGCUGUAACAAAUGGUGACGUUCCAGUGAAAGAUGACCACCUCACCCCGACACCUCAGGCUCCCAGUAUAGCAUUUCCACUGGCAAAACCUCCUGUGGCACCACAGCCUAAAGAACAGGUUUCUGUUGGUGAGAAUAAUGCUAAAGAAACCCACAUUCAGCGCAGAUUCCAGUUAUCCUCACUGAACCCUCAGGAGCGGAUUGAUUACUGCCAUCUUAUUGAGGAGUUAGGUGCAGUAGUUCUAGACAGACAGUGCUUUGACCCUUCCUGUACACACAUCAUUGUUGGGCAGCCAUUGCGUAAUGAAAAAUACUUGGCUUCCAUGGCAGCUGGAAAAUGGGUUCUUCAUCGGUCCUAUCUGGAGGCCUGCAGAACUGCUGCCAAAUUUAUCCAGGAGGAAAACUAUGAAUGGGGUAGCAGUUUUAUCUUGGACGUGUUGCCUGGGAUUAGUAUACAACAGAAGAAACUUGCAGUGGCAGCCAUGAGAUGGAGGAAGAACCUGGAGGUGAUAAGACAAAAGGAUGCUAGUGCUGAGAUUGGUGCAUUUACUGGUUGGAAAGUUAUUUUAAAUUUUGAUCAUGCCAAGGAGGCAGGUUUCAGGCGACUUCUACUUUCAGGUGGAGCCAAGGUACUUCCCAGUCAUUUGCUACUUGAAUACAAAGAAGCCACUCAUCUGUUUGCUGACUUCAACAAACUAAAACCAGAGGACCCAAGAGUGAACGUGGCUGAAGCUGUUAAACAUAAUGUGUUAUGUCUCAAGCCUGAAUAUAUUGCAGACUAUCUCAUACAGGAGCACCCUCCUCCGAUUGAGAAUUACUAUCUUACUGACGAGCCUGGGAUGGGAACUCGCAAACGGAAACCAUCUGGAGAUAAUUCUGAUCCAAGAAAGUGUAGAAAGAAUUGAGGUUUCUUGAAGUUUGUAUUUCCAUUUUCUAAUAAAUGCCACUAAUAUUGCUCAGCCACAAGAAAUCAUCGUCUGAGAAAGGAUAGAAAUGCUCCCACAUUUCUAUGAUAAAUUCAGUGUAUUUGUCAUUGGGGUGUUCAGCUACUAAAUAGCGUCAACCUGGUUAUAAAAUCAGCUAUCUUAUUUUCAGCACUGUAAGUUUGGCCAAUUGAAACAUAAAACACAGAAAGAUCUUUUUUUAAAUAUUUGUCAAGCCUCUUGGGCUUGACAUAAAAGCAGAAGAUAAAUAGUCAACUACCUUUUUUGAUUGUAUUUUAAAUAAAUCUAUUUGCUUAGA